ACCCGCGAAUGUUGUAAUUGUCAACAAAGUGUCUGUAACCGGAAAAGUUUGCACAUAUUAAUGCGAAAACUUCGAAGUAAAUUGUGUGCCAGUAGAUAAAAUUGUGAAAAAAACGCGAUAAAGUUUAAUGAAAAUAAAUGGUAUCGGGACUAGAUAAGAAUGUGUUGGGGAAAAAUUUGCCAAGUGCAUCUAGGCAAGCACGCAGAAUAAAAGAUUGCAAAUGCAAGGGUUUUUAUAAACAGGAACCUCAAAUUGAACCUGAAAGGUGGAUGAAAACUGGUUCGUAACAGUUAUUUUACAUAAAAGCUAACUAUAGGGUAUUUGAACCACGUAGGCCUAUUUUUUAGGCGCCACCAUAUGUAAGGGUUCUCCUGAAGAGUACGCUCUUAUGUGGAAGCAAAAGCGAAUGUGCAGUUUUUUAUGAAAAAGGAUAAAAUGUUUAAAAACCUUACCAAGUUUAUUAAACUUGGAUCAUAUAAGUCGAUGCUUUGUUUGCCCUCCAACAUGAGAACUUUCGUGUAAAGUGAGGCAUGAUUCUUGUGGCAACAUCAGAAACAUGGCUGAGUAAUUGUGCUAUGGGAAGUAUUGCAGGGUAUUUAAGGAUCGGCCUUGCUCGACUAUAAUGUUUUUGUUGUCUGUUCUAUUGCGUCCUUGUUGCUCCCAACACUUAUCACACAGCACGGGGGUUAACUGCAUUUACGGAAUUUAUCUUGUGUAGGGCUUGUUCAGAAGUUGUUUUCAUGGAAUAAAAACAAACUUGCAGUUAGUAAAGUAGCAGCAAGGAACUUUGGCAUAUUCCUAACAGUAGUUCGUAUGAUAGGAAGAGCGCAAAAAAGAAUAAAAAAUAUCGCUAAACUCAAUAUAUGGUACUUUGAAACGAAAUCGCUUCUUACGACUCUUAGGCUACACAAGUGAAUAUCUUUGCAAGAACAUAAAACCAUUUACAGAAGUGUCAAGUAUCGUCAUGCAAGUAUAGCCAUUUUGGCAACGAAUUUGUGACUUAAGUAAGGAAACGCUAAGACGACCGCUCAAAUGGUGCCAAAAACUUGGACUAAAUAUGGUGAAAUAUAUCGCAAUGCUCAGUCCAAAUGCAUAUUCGUUUGUUACAUUUGCAUGGAAUAUGCCGAGCAUUUCGCCAAUACUUAUACAACAAAUAAUGCUUUCGAUUUUUGGACUCAUCUUCAGCAUAAGCAUAUGCUAAUAAAUUGUGAAAUGCCUGACAUGAUUAUGCGAACUGAGCCAAGUGAAUUAGUGCCGCGUCUAGAAAACGUUCCGAAUGGCAUUAACGAAAAACAAGAGGAAAAUUUAUCGCCACGAACGGAAGAAAUUUCCAAAUGUCUGGAGAACAGCAGCAUUCUUAAGGAAAGCAAUUGCAAUGAUGCCAACAUUAAAGGUGAAAGUCAGAAGAAUAGUUUUGAUGACUUAAAAGUUGGCGUUACGAUCAAUGUUUCUUCGGACGAGAACAGCAGUGAUCUUGAAUUCCUCUCCACUAUUGCAGAAGUGCGCCUAGCUCAGAAUGUAACUAAAUUGUUCGCAGAGAAAGAUGAUAACAUAAGCACAAAAUCAAAUUCUCCAGCCCUCGAUACAAGUGCAGACGGACUUGGUAAACUGAGUGCAAAACCAAAUUGUCCAGCCCUUAAUACCUGCGCAAAUGAACUUGGCCAAUUGAGUACAAAACCGGUUUCACCUACUAUUAAUCGAAAUGCUGAAGAGACCGCAAAUCAUCAUGAAAAUCAAGAUUUUCGACAAUUUUUUCAACAAGCAUGCGCAAACUCCGUAGCGCCAGCAUCGGAAAAUAAUAUACAUUGUGAUAGUGUAACACAUCCCCGGCCAUAUGAAUGCAAUUAUUGUCCUCAGAAGUUUCCUCAAGUGUGGCAGCUGGAUAGGCAUCAGCGCAUACAUUUGACAAACUAUGAAUCGCAAAGAAAAUUUCGCGUACGACCGUUUCAAUGCAAUGUCUGCGGUAAACGAACAAUCACCGAAAAAGCAAUGAUUGUCCAUCAGCAUCGUUUUCAUAGUCUUGAAUCAGAUUCGGAAACAGCUAGAUGCCACAUUUGUCAAAAACUGGUAUUGAAAAAUAACAUUCAACAACAUAUGCUAGUGCACACCCAAAUACGCGUCAGAUGCAAUCUCUGCAAUCGAUCCUACAAACAGAAACAGAGUCUGCGCAUGCACAUAAAGAAAUUUCAUCCAAAUGUUAUGGUAAUGCCGUCGCCACCAUUACCGCCGUCGGGCCUGUUACCAUCGAGGCCAUUACCAGCGGGUCAAUUACCAUCGGAUCCUUUGCGAACGGCUCCGUUAUCAAUGCUUUCGUAUCCUAGACCGGAUCCAGCACUGGAAGUUCAUUGUAGCACAAAUUCUCAACAGUGCUGUGGCGGUGUAACACAACAACAACAAAACCAUGACUUAAUGUUUGGAUGGUCAAAUGGCGGAUAUUCAACAUGUUCAUCGUCUUCGAUGUAUUCUUUCCCAAAUAUGCAAGAACAAAACCACGCCACUGCGAUGCCAUCCUUUGAUUAUCAAGCAGCGGAGACAAGCGACGUUUCAUCCUCAAAUAGUUGUGAUCAAGUUCAAAUUAUAUCUUAUGGUAAAAUUAUUCCAAACAAUUCGAUGAGAUCAGACGACAAAUCCCCAUCAGGGACGAAUAACCGUAGCGACGCUAUUUGCCAUAGUGAAAUUGAAAGUAACGAGAAUAUUCCUGCAAAUAAAACCGAUCAAGAUAAUGUAAUAUCGUAUGGGCAAAAUUUAUCACCGAAAAUAAUGGAAAUAAGCGAAGAAUGUUCCUAAACUAAAAGUGAUUAAGUGCGUAUUUUAUAUCAAUCGAAAUAUUUAUUACGAAACGAUCGUGAAUGAUCGUGAAACAAGAACGAUGGCAACAAUGUUGAUUGCUCUUGAUUAGAUAUUUUAUCGGAUCAUCUUU